AUGGAGAAGGAGGUGGAGGUAAUUGUGGUGAUGACGAUGGUGAUAGUGAUAGUGGUGGUGGAGAAGGUGGUGGUGGGCACAGACGGAAAAGAGGAGAGAGCCCAGAACCCGCCCCGAGCUGUAGUAUUCAACACUGGGCAGAGAACGAGGAGCCCUAAAAUGAAGUCGAAGCACAGAGGGGAAACCCAGCAGGAGGAAACCCAGUGGGUGAGAGGCCCAAGAAGUAAGAGAGGAAACUGUGAGAUAAGGAGCAGCAGACGCGGUGGCCACAGGAUUCGUGAACGAGGACACCAUGGUGACCCUGAUAAGGGCAGUUUCAGUGGGUCGGGGGUGGAAGUCAUAUUGGGUGGCAGAGGUGUGGAAGGGGAGACAGCAGCUUCCGAUGGACACUUGGAGACACCGGGCUGUGAGGGAGGACAGAGAAAUGAGAGAGAAGUGAAGUGGAGGGCGUGGUGUCCCGGGUGUACUUCCUCAGGCUGGAAGGUGCAGGAGGGUGUUCUUCUGUGCCAAGAGGAGCCAUCCUGUGGGGAGGCAGAGGCCAAGCGGACAGGGAAGGGUUGCAGGGUUGGGCAGCAGGUGUCAUGCAAGGAUGAGCGUGUGGGAAGGGAGUGUGGACACCUUUCCCGGGACGGGGGAAGACAGGGCUGUGCCAAUCUGCACUUGGGUUUCCGCAUUCUCCCAGUGUUGGGUACUGACCUGCAGCCUGCGUCGUCUUCCCUGGCAAGCCUCCCUCAUCUGGCCGCUUUCUGCUUCCUACAAAGUCAGGCCUGCAUUCCUGGGGUCCCCAGCCUCGCCCCACAGGAAGAUUGCCUGCCGUUCCCAGAAAACAGCACACAGUCUGGACCUCUGCAGCUCUCCUCUCCUUCCAAGGCUGCCUGGCAAUCUUCAUCACAUUUCCUGGCUCUGCUCCAGCAUCCCUUCCUCCUCACAGCCUUCCUCACACCCGCAAGAAGGCAGCUGCCCUGCGUGCUGCAAGCCGCCUGGCUGGGGCAUGCUUCCAUGGUGGCGUUUAUCAGCCAGCUUUCUCCUUGUGGACAAGGCUGGCCACUCAUCGAAAGCCCAGUCCUGACAGCCGUGGCUGUGUUCCCAGCAGGGCCCUGUGGGGACCAAGUUUGCAAUCCCCCAUGCUACACAGGCACUGGGUAAAAGGCAAUUACCUUGGGGCUUGAUGAUGAUUUCAAAUCCACGCCCCAGAACUUCAUUUAGCUUGCUAAAAUGAAAGAGAGCUCAGGGUGAUCCUCAGUGGUCCCCUUAGCCCUGCAUGCCUGCACCUUAGUCCUCCCUAGGUAAACACAGACUGAUUCUUGGGAACUCUAAGUAAUGUCCUUAAACGUCCUCCUGCUGCUGCAGUUUGGAUCUGGAGUGCUCUCCAAAGACCUGGCUCUGAAGGCAUGUUCACCAGCUUGUGGUGCUAUUGGGAGGUGGUCAAACCCUUAGGGGGUGGGGCCUAGAGGGAGUAGGUUAGGUCAUUGGGGGCAUGGCCUUGAAAAGAAUAUUGGGACCCUGAGUUUCUUCUCUGUCUUUUGCUGCCUGGCUUCCAUGAGGUGAAAAAGCCUCUACUAUCAUGUGCUCCCAUCACCAUGGGCUGCCUCAGGCCCAAAGCUACAGGGCUAA